ACUGAGCCGCACAUGUGGAGUAACCACGGCAACGACAGUAGAUGUACAGUUUAAGUUACAAAUCUGAUCAAUUUGACCAAUGUGGUGAGAAUAUAAAGAUGGAACAGUCGGAGUGUGAUGAUAUUUUAGAUGACUGGUUUAUCGAGUCCCUAAAAACGUACAAAGAUCUUCAUGUGUAUCAGCUGGAACAUCCCACCCAGGUCAUCGAAUGGACCUCAGGAAGGACCAUCUGUGUUGCAGGCUACAAUUCAUCGAAAAUUGAAAUUUUAGAGCUUCGAUUGCCACUGAAACUUUUUGCUGAUGAAAAUAAGGGUCUCUGCCCAGAACGAGAUUUCAAAGUCGUCCACGGUGGUUUCACAGAAGGUCCCAUUCGCUGCCUCAGACACAUCCCAGGAACGAGAUGUGCUGUGACCAACGAUGGGCAGAGCUCCGACCUGCAGGUUUGGGACCUGGGAGGAGACGACAGUGAUGUAAUCAGGAGAACAGGAAGUAUCCGGGGCAGGACGGGGCCUUCAGAGACGGGUAGCAGGAUUGCAGCUCGGGUUUCGUCCCCUCCUGAAGUCCUUCAUGGAGCUCUGAGCAGCUCUGUACAGCUGACUCAGCUGGAGUCGGGAAACAGCAUUUAUAAAUUAGAAACGGAGUCAGCAGAUGUUCUGAGCUCCCUGCAGUUUCUGAACGACACCGAGUUCCUCGCCGGCUGCCGUAAUGGCAGCAUUUACAUCGCAGACACCCGGACGCCUGCCGUUCCUCAGGCUUCCCCUGCACCGGCGUCUUCAGCUGGACCGGUCCUCUGGUGGACAGACGCCUCUGGUCCGAGGGCGUCCAGCGGCUCGGUCGUCAGAGUGUCUUCUUCUGGACAGGCAGUGGUUUCAGACUUGAGGAACCUGGACGGUGCUGUGUGUCGGGCACAGCUGGACGUCCAAACCGGUCACUGCAAACUAGACAACGUCAGAGUGUCGUGGUCUCCAACGCUGGACGACUGUAUCUCUGUGUCAGGUUUCGAUGGAGUCGUUCAGAUUUACAGCACCGCUCUCUGGAGCACGGAGCUGCAGAAAGCUCAGCCAAUGUUUCAGCAUCGCGGCCACGCCGUUUCCUCUCAGGCCGACGGCGGCGCCCCCGUCUCCGUCACCUCCCACGUCUGGCACGCCGAGCGUCCGCACACACUGCUGUCUGCCGCUUCGGACGGCUCGGUCCACGUCUGGGACUGGGUGGACCCAGAUGGAUCGCCUGCCGAAUGAGAAUCCAGUCCACGAGGGAAGAGAUGUAGAAACAACGCUGAGGUUCUAAUCUGAAAAAUCCACCAAAACCAAUGGUGGGGAAAGGAAGCUGGAUAAGUGAGUUCAGCUGUGUUACCCUGAAACACCGGUAUUAAGGAGUAAAACGAUGUAUCUCAAGCAAGGACUGCUAAAAGAGGACUCCUUCUCGCUCUGCCUUAAAUAAAAACAGCUAAAGGUUCUGUGAAUCCUGGAGGAAACAACUCCAUGUGGAGUUCAUGUGAGUAGGAGCUCCUUCAGUACAGCUUUACCUAAAGAAAGUGGCUACAAGCAGACUUGAUCACAUGUGAAUGUAUCCUGAAAGUGCUCGUACCCGCUUGUCAUGCCGUCUGAACAAGCAGACACAGCAGGAGCAGCAUGUCGGCAAAACAGCUUUGAUGCGACGUCCGUCUGGACAGGAUUUGUGUAAAUGACGGCUUUGUGCUUCAGGCCACAUGGAUUUCAGCAGCACUCAGAGUCCUGUACACAAAUGCAGGAGUAACUCUUCAAAGUUAGAUGUGCUUGAAAGGAGCUGAGCUUAAUGAGUUUUAUUCUGGACUUUGGUCCUCGGUUUUACCUUUUGAAGCAGCGUUCUUCAAGCUCAUCUUUGUUUUUCAUCAAUAACCGCGGCUGUAGAGACAUACAGGGCAUAAACCCCAUCUAAAAACAGAAUAAA